AGAGAGGAUGGAGGGAGUCUGUGGGUAAUGGUGUGGUAUUAAAUUCUAAUUAGAGAUGCGGGGAAUCAAUGAUCGGGGAGGUUGGACAGCUCGGUCCCCAGUGCCAGCCCAAUAGACUGAUGAGUUAUUGUCAUGUAAAAAGCGCCAGCAAUAAGACCAACCGCUUUGCCAUUGUCCAAGUGGAAAGAGCCAAGUUUAUUAUGAGGAGUAUAUGCUCUAGAGACAUCGGUCUAGGCGGCUCAUAGGAGGCUUUUCAUAAAACAAGGCGCCGUUCCUAUAAAGGAGGCCAGUUUGGAAGCAGGCGCUGAGCAGUGCACAUCUACCCAGUCCAGCCUUCUUCAAAACAAAUAUUAAAACCGUUAUCUAUCCCGCUCUUUUCCUCCCUUUUUAUUUCCAUCUGCCAUAUUUUCUGUUCUCUCUGAGUUAUAGAUAUUUUCGAGACUGCAGAUUUUCGUCUUACCGAGCCUUUUCAAAUGUAUAAAAUGGAAUAUUCUUACCUAAAUUCCUCUGCCUAUGAGUCGUGUAUGGCCGGAAUGGACACUUCAAGCCUGGCAUCAGCCUAUGCGGACUUCAGUUCGUGCAGUCAAGCGGGUGGGUUUCAGUACAAUCCGAUCAGGACCACGUUUGGGGCCACCUCGGGGUGUCCCUCCCUCACACCGGGCUCCUGCAGUCUUGGGACGCUGCGGGACCACCAGAGCAGCCCGUACGCCGCAGUCCCUUACAAACUGUUUACGGAUCACGGUGGCCUCAACGAGAAGCGGAAACAGAGGCGGAUCCGGACCACCUUUACCAGCGCCCAGCUGAAGGAGCUAGAGCGAGUAUUCGCGGAGACUCACUAUCCCGACAUCUACACGAGAGAGGAGCUGGCGCUCAAAAUCGACCUCACGGAAGCACGAGUGCAGGUUUGGUUCCAAAACAGACGAGCGAAAUUCCGCAAACAGGAACGGGCCGCGGCUGCGGCGGCUGCGGCUGCGAAGAACGGAUCGUCUGGGAAGAAGUCGGACCCGAGGGACGAAGAGAGCAAAGAACCGAAAGUUACCGAUCCAGACAGUACAGGCGGUCCCGGUCCCACCCCUAAUCCCAACACUAGCUGUGGGGGACCAAGUCCGACUGGAGGUCAGGUUAACCCCGCUAAUGGUCCAGUAGAACAGGUGAAGACGUCACUGGCUGGAGGUCUAGGGGUUACUGCACCGAAUCAGGGAUGGGCACCUACCCCAAGCACCAUCACGUCCAUUCCGGACUCCUUAGGUGGACCAUUCGCGAGCGUAUUGUCUUCUUUGCAGAGACAAAACGGAGCCAAAUGCGCCUUAGUAAAAACUAGCAUGUUUUGAUCACUGGCGAAAAGACGUUUCAAAUGAAAACAAACAACAACAACAACAAAAAUCCGAAUUAACUCUGUAAAGUGCACUGUCAUAACUAAUACAAGAGGAAACGUCAGAACAUACUGGAGACUGAUGUCGAAAGGAAGAUGAACACAAAAAAUUGCAAGAUCAAUUUAGACCGUUACACGGCAUUUUGGUUGUCCUUCCUGUCGGUUGUGUUGCCAGCUCUCGAUCCAUUUUGCACCGGACUUAAAAAAAAAUGUUUUUAAAUUGCAUAUCGAGGUGUUUAGGUGAGCACUUGAGUGGCUAGAGCAGCUGCCUGUCACAACGUUGGUUGAUUGUUAAAUUCUAACCUGGAUCCCCCUCCCAUGACUGUUAAUAUUUUAGUUCUAAUAAUUUUCACCAAAGGCACAAAUUACAUUUCACUGUUCACAGAAGUACGUAAACGUUUUGUGUGUCUUUCUACGGCUGUGUUUGUGUUGCUCAAUUGUAUAGUGUUAAUACAAGUAUAAAAAUGAAUUCAAUAGUUGAUCAUAGGAUAUGUUUUCCCUGUAGUUUAUAACGAGUCUUUUUGAUUUUUUUUUUUUAAAAGGUCCUCACGGGUUUAUUUCUUUCUAUAAAGACAACAAUGUACAACCAUUGUAACUUAUUACAUUUCAUCUGCAUGUCCCUUUUACGAUUGUUUUCGGUGAGCAUUUCAGACUUUGUUCAGGAGUUAAAUUUAUUUAUAUGUAGGUAUAAUGAAUGCUUAUAUUUAAAAGAAAAUAUUUCUACAUGUGCAUAUAUAGUUUUCCAGAAGUGUAACAUUGACUUGGUUGUUGAUAAAAUUAUAAGUAAAGUUACAUUGUGUGUUGAUUCUUUCCUUUUAUA